AUGUCGACCAUCGCCAAGUACGAGACCCACGCCGAGGACGGCGACCAGCGUAACGCUUCCGGCCCUAACCCGGACGUCGGCAUGCACCACGACGACGACCGAAAGAACCACGAAAAGGGCGUCGAGAACAGCCACCUCAACCUCGACUCGCGCGACGAGAAGAGCAUCAAGAACAAGCUCGCCCAGGCCGGCAAGGAGGCCAAGGAAGAGGCCCAGCGCGAGAAGGCAAAGGACGACGAGAAGCCCACCGACGCCGCGCGCGAGCACGGCAACGAGCCCUCGCGCGGCGCAAAGAUCGACGAGAUGCUCGAGGAGGAGGACCGAAAGACGCUCGAGGCCAAGGGCAUCAAGCCCUAG